AAGUAGAUAUAUUGAAACUAAGCUCGCGUAAAAAGGUUGACAAUAGAACACUCAAAUUUUUAAGAGCGUCUCCUUUAUGUUAGUUUCAUAGCACAAGAUAUUCAUGCAAGUGCGUCAAUUGUUUCUUUUGUAUUUCUCUUUUAUAACAGACAAUAGAGCUGAAGUCUCUUUCCUGGCCUUUUAGUAUUCAUAAUUAAUUCUUGGGUCGUCUAUAAAAUGAAACAAUUUUAAACGCCCCAUUAAGGACACGAUUAACUUUCUGCCGAGCUGCAGUGGAGAUCGACGUGAGUAUAGAUCGAUUGUAAAAUCACCUUUGCUGGGCUAACUUGUAACGGGUGAUUUUAAAAUUAGGACGAUAAAAUGUGUUAUCCGUUAGUUUAAAACACAACAAUUGAGUUUGACUGAAUACAUAACCUUUAGGUUGACAUGAGUUUAGAUCAGGGAAAAAAUUUCAGGAGGGUCUAUGUUCAAACGAUUAUAUAAAAUUUGAAACUGCGGUGGAUUGCUAAUCCCAACGGAUUGUUCGUUCAAGGCGGUUUUAAGAAAGAAAAUAAACUACUGGAUUUUUUUCUUCGCGAAAUAAUGAUCUAGAAGUGAACGAAAUAGCGAGGUGGUUAUAAAUUGCACAUAAGAACCGAAGAAACCGCGGCCAACUGCUUGCUGCAUGGAUAUAAGGAUGCUCGGUAGAUUCUGCAAGAGUCUAGCUUCGGCACUUGGCGUCGAGAAAAUUACGACCCGAGUACACUUGCGCCGAAGCGAGGGCAACAUGCGGGCUUUAGGACAUUUGUAACUCGAGUCUUUGCUAUUAACUGUACUCUGCUUUGUGUUAGCAUUGAAAUUUAAUCACUGUUCUUUUCUUUUUGUUUUAGGAGCCUUUCAGUUCCUUCAUUAUGUCAUCAAUUGCUCUCGUUCUCUUCGCCGCUGUUUUCUGUUUUCAGUUUUACAGCUGUGUCGGCACCACGCCCACCGCGGUCACCAAAAAACCUUGCGAGUAUAUAGAGAUCAAGAAAUGCAACCAUGAAUUUAAACAGGUUUUCGUAAACGCCAAGAAUUCCACUGGACGACGCAGGCCAGGAAUUCAUGCUAGAAAUCGUGUCUACUGCAGAGCUCUACAGACAUUCAUGAAUUGCUUGGAACGAUCGCUUGCAAAAUGUGAUGGAGGUGCUUGGCUUCAAGAUUACAGUUACGUUGUCUUGGAACACGGAAUGGUGGACAAGAAAUGCAACGUUUGUCGCGAUCAUAAUUACACAAACCUGGAGCAGAGACUACAUGCAUCCACAAAGCAUGAUUACGUUGGCUAUGAUUCCUGCCCAGCAUGUGCCAGAGGAGUUCACAGAAGGUGUGUUAAUCGAUUCCUGGAGGAGAUGAAUUCCAACUCUAACAUCUGCCAGGAUGUGCAGGAAUUUAUCACUUGUUACAAGGAAGCUGGCUACUCGAAGAAGUAUUGCGCUAACACCAAAAUCGUGAAGAGUUUUUCCAGGCUCUGUCGACAACUCGGAGAGAAAAUGCUGAAACUAGACCGGGUUCACCCCGGAUUGAUGUGUUAAAUGGUUAACGCGCUGCUGGUAACCACGUGAUGGAAAAUCUUCCGUCGUACAGAGUGAAACACAUUUGACUAAUCUCUGUGAAACUAUUGACAAAUAAAACUAAAAAGUACCAUA